UAAAUUUCAUAUUUAUUAAAGCCUCUACAACUGAGCCUAACAUGUCAGCUUCCAUGUGGUUUGCUAUUGCUAAUAAACAACGAUAAAUUGCACUUCCAAGAUGAAUUUUCAUCGAGUAUUUGUUCUUUUGGUAGUGUUUGUAACGAUAGAUUUCAACUGUUGUCAUGGGAGAAGGGAGUGGCAUAACAGUUUUUAUGACUUCACGGUGAAAAAUAUCGACGGGAAGCGGGUUCGCCUUGAAAAAUACCGUGGCACGCCAUCCCUUGUUGUGAACGUAGCCAGCGAGUGCGGCUACACUGAUAGGACCUACCAUGAACUGGUGGAGCUCAGUAAAGACCCGCAGUUUGAAGGUCGCCUCAACAUCCUGGCAUUUCCUUCUAAUUCGUUCUACCAGGAGUUGCACUCCAACGAGGAGAUCAAACGCUAUGUCAAGGCUUUGUACGAUGUGGAGUUUCCUCUCUUUGCUAAAGUGGAGGUGAUUGGGCAUGGUGCGGACCCGGCUUGGCAGUUCCUCACCUCAAAUGCCCACCAAGAGCCGACCUGGAACUUCUGGAAGUACUUGGUAGAUUCAGAGGGACAGGUCAAAGGCGCCUGGGGCCAAGAUACCCCUGUCCAUAGCUUAUACAGUGAACUCCUGGAUGAAGCAAUCAUGGCUGAACCUUACCGCUACCGUCACUCACACUUUGACGAUGAGUUCUGACAAGGACUGCAAAGAUAACUGCGGAGUCAUUUCUGCUUGUUCACUUGCACAAUUCUGGUUAGAUGUCGGUAAGAAGCGUUGGUAUUGCACACGCAUGGGUCACAAUCGGUGUGUAACGGUGUAUUAACUUUGCCUAAAUCAAAUAUUUUGGGGUCAAAGAAAUCUGUUUGGUUUAAGAGAAAUGUGACUUGGAAUGGAUUUAUAACACUGGUCUCAAAAACUGCUUUGACUUUUGUGAAUGUAUGACUAAUGGAAGGUCGAUCAUAUUUAAGUUUUCCGGUAUUUGCAUGGUGUUGCAAGUAUUUUCUAGAAGGAAAUAAAGAAAGAAAUGAAGGUGAAAGUGAGACAAAUUUCUUUAAGAGCUUACAGAAAAUUGAAACAAAAGAAGGAAGAGAACAGACCGUAUAAUAGCAGUAAAUGUGUCCUUGAAGAAGUUUCAGAACCUUGGUAAGAGUGGAACGUUUACACUGAGGUCAGACAUUGAGUCACAUUUUUUUUAGAUGAUGAGGGUGAAGCAUGAUCUUGAUUGAAUUAACCAAUUGCCUACUGAAUUCAAUGAUUCCCAUAGGCUUUGUACAGGGACUGCCUGGUUCCAGUAUGCAGUGAGUUGGUAGAGAUGUCUGUAUAAGCAACACAUACACACCCACUCAAGCACAAGUAGCACAUACAUGUAUAUGUAUGGCUCAUUCUUUUUGUUGGUUUUUACAAUUUAAAGGCCAAGCCCCCCUCGAGAACAAAGUGAUUUGAAUAAAUAGUGAAAAAGGAACACUUACUAAAAGUUUCCAUCAAAAUCACAUUUAAAACUAAAUCAACAUUCUGAAAUUUUGCUUAAAUUUCCAAUAUCAUUUUCAUCAAUUGGCUGCUUUUAUUCAAACCAAUUAAUGAAAGGUAUGUUUAUGAAUGUUGGAAAUAAAUCUUGCCAUGUAGUUAAUUUGUGCAUACUCAACAUCACUGCCGAAACAUAAAACAGUAUUAUUGUGAAGAUGUAUUGCAUAAGAUGUUCCUGUAAGACACAAAGAUUAUUGUGUAAUUGACUUGUUUCUGUCCCUAGGUGGUGCUAUAGAGAUAGAUAGAGAUAUAUAUGUGAUGCUAGGGAUAUUCGUACUGUGUAGGAUUUACAGGGUUUGUGUUUUUUUGCUUUUUCUUUUUUAUUGUUUGGUUUUUUUAGCUUAUUGAAAAGAAAUGUGAGUAUAUCUAGUCAUUUAUUGACUUUUAUUCUUUACAAAGUCUAUUUCAAUUACAUUCUUUUAAUGAAAUAUAAGACUUUGGUGGAAUUUAUACAAUAAUUAUUUCAAAAGAUGCCUCAUUUUAGAAAUAAAAGUGCUCUUAUUACUUCAUUGACUAAUUUGCUUACUGCUUGCUAAAUACUUCUUUUUAAAGGGGGAACAAAUUGACCUACACUGUACACUGAGUGGUCUUUUAUUGACUAUGUGUUAUAUAG